AUGGCUAACUUAAGACUCAUUGCACUAUGCAAUGUGACCUACAAAAUAGUCACUAAAGCUAUUGCCAAUAGACUCAAACCAAUCAUGAACCAUAUGAUCUCUGAAAAUCAGAGCGCCUUUGUCUUGGGAAGGCUCAUUACGGAUAAUAUUAUGGUGGCAUUUGAGAUGCAACAUUUUCUGAAAUGGAAAACCCAAGGAAUGAUAGGUUAUGCCGAGCUCAAGCUUGAUAUAAGCAAGGCAUACGAUAUAAUUGAGUGUUCCUUACUCCGUGCUAUCGUGCUUAAGCUCGGUUUUGCUGAAAAGUGGGUCAAUCUUGUUUUACAUUGUAUCUCAAUGGUGGAGUAUUUUGUCUUAAAUCAAGGGGAGGAAAUUGGUCCUAUCUAUCCUAAGAGGGUUCUUCGUCAGGGUGAUCCCAUUUCCCCUUAUUUGUUCCUACUUGUAGCUAAAAGCUUUAGUGCUUUGUUGAGAGAGUUUGACAGGGGGAAAAACUGCAUGUUAUAG